UGCUGUCCGACUAGACAGGCCACUGUAAUUCAUAGAUCUGAAGUGGGUUUGCUCACCGCAGCCCUAAUCUCUUGCUACUAUUAAACGAGGAGCGACUAACCUGGAGAGCUCUCCACACCGAGACCGGUCCGGCGCGCUCCGCUCAGCGCUUUGUGAAAGCUGCAUCUGAUUCCAGUUGUUACAAUUUAGUUUUACUAAAGUAUAACGAGUUUUCGACUUUUUAAAACUUAUUGGAUUUCCAGGAUUGAUAUUUUCCGCUCUGUUACGCGCCGGAUAUGUGGUGGAUGCUGUUUCCCCGAUGGAUUUGGUUUCUUCUGGGACAUUGUUUUACUUCACUCCUUUAUAUGGACAGCUCCCGCGUGAGAGCGAUGCCCAUGUCUAUGGGCUCUGUGGCAAAGUUGGUGUACUCUCACGCGGGUUUGUGCCCAAACGACCUGAACCCGAACCUGUGGGUGGAUGCGAUGAGCACCUGCAUGCGCGAGUGUGAAUCUGACCAGGACUGCGAGUCAUUCGAGAAGUGUUGUCCUAACGUCUGUGGAAACAAGAGCUGCGUGGCGGCACGCUACAUCGACGUCAAGGGCAACAGGGGCCCCGUUGGAAUGCCAAAGGGCGCCACCUGUGACAAGUUCAUGUGCUCUCAGCAAGGCUCCGAGUGCGACAUCUGGGAUGGUCAGCCCGUUUGUAAGUGCCGGGACCGCUGCGAGAGAGAGCCCCACUUCACGUGUGCGUCCGACGGCAUGACUUACUACAACAAGUGCUACAUGGACGCCGAGGCCUGUUCCAAGGGUAUCUCUAUCUCUGAGGUCACCUGCAGGUACCACCUCACCUGGCCGGACACCAGUCCAAACCCGGAGGAGACCACCUUACACCCCACCACGGCCCUGCAGACCACCCUCCCGGCCGACAUCCAGCUCCCCUCUGUUCACGGCGGCCUCGCCCAACAGGCCGUGUUCGUGGGCGAGACGGCGAGCUUCCUGUGCGAGGUGUCGGGGAAGCCUCGUCCAGAGAUCACCUGGGAGAAACAACUGAAGGGCAAGGAGAACGCCGUGAUGAAGCCGAACCACGUGCGAGGGAACGUCGUGGUCACCAACAUCGGCCAGCUCGUCAUAUACAACGCUCAGCUCCAGGACGCCGGCAUCUACACGUGCACGGCCAAGAACGUCGGCGGGAGCGUGUCGGCGCACUUUCCCUUGGCAGUGAUCGGGAGGGAAGCAAACGGUCGGAAUAAUGCAGAAGGGAACAGCACCAAUCUGCCAUUCCCGGCUGAGGAGUGCCUCAAGAGUCCGGACGCAGACGACUGCGGCGACGAGAGCAUCAGCUGGUACUACGAGCCAAAGAGGAACAACUGCUUCACCUUCACCUACAGUCAGUGCAAUAAAAACCGGAACCACUUCGACGCCUAUGACGCCUGCAUGCUGUCAUGCGGGGGAGAUCUGGCAGCUCCCUGCAGCCUCCCGAGCCUCCAAGGGCCGUGCAAAGCCUACGAGCCGCGCUGGUAUUACAGCAGCACGCUCAAGAAGUGCCAGAACUUUGUGUACGGCGGUUGCGGCGGCAACGAGAACAACUUCGAGUCCAGGGAGGCCUGCGACGAGAUGUGCCCCUUCCCCAAAAACCACAACUGCAAGGUCUGCAAACCCCGGGGGAAGAUGGUCGCCAGCUUCUGCAAGAGCGACUUUGUGAUAUUGGGCCGCGUGAGCGAGCUGACGGAGGAGCAGGAGUCGGGCCACGCCCUGGUGACGGUAGAGGAGAUCCUGAAGGACGACAAGAUGGGCCUGAGGUUCUUCGGCAAGGAACCCCUGGAGGUGACCCUCCUGAACGUGGACUGGAACUGCCCGUGCCCCAACAUCACCACGGCCGCCGGGCAACUCGUCAUCAUGGGGGACGUCCACAACGGGAUGGCGGUCCUGCAGCCCGACAGCUUCGUGGGCUCCUCCAGCGCCCGCAAAGUCAGGAAGCUCCGAGAGGUUGCGCACAAGAAAACCUGUGACUUCCUGAAAGAUUUCUCCGCCGUCCAAUAAGAGUCUCAUAAACUCUCUAAAGUCUGUCAUGUUGUUGUUUUUCAAAUCAAAUCUCCAGUGACCUCAUCAGUCGGACUGACUGCAAGAUAACUCCAAAAACUUGUAGCUUAACUUUGACCUUUUGAAGUUUUGUAGCUCGUUUUCAGAAGCUCUUUUGUUCACACUGGUCAGUAGUGGUCUCGAAUCUCCUCAUAAAUCCCUCGUAGCUUUUUCUCUUCUCCAUCAUUUCAUUGUCCAAAUAGCUUUUCUUGUAAUUGGAAAUCAAGCGUAGACAUUUUUUAAUGGCCGCACUGUCUGGAAAAGGCAGGACAGCAUAAUUACCAAGAAUAUAUUUAAUAUUUAAUCUCUGUUACUGCUCACCCAAAUUAUAUUGCUUUCCUAUCCAAAUGUAAUAUCUUUAGCGCGUACUUAGCCCUGGGUCUUAAUUUUUUUGAGCUUUAUUUGUCUAUAAGGUUAUCACAGAUAUAGACCUCGUGUAAAAUCUCUCUGAGCACCAUGAGCUCGAAAUGAUGCCGUUUUGAAGCCUCAGUUCAUGUCCGAUAAGCUCUCUGGUUCCAUAUUUUCUGCAUUAGGAACCUAUUUGAUGAGUCUUACUUUACAAUACAGAGAAUGUUUGUGAACUUCUGUACUUUGUAUUUAUUUUCCUUGAUUUGUUUCUUAGAGGAUUGUGGCCAGAACAGAUAUAUUUUUUAUGUUAUCUAUUAUAUAUUAGUGUUCAACUUUUAUUGAAGAUGAAGCAUAAUGAAUAAAGAUG